AUGUCGUCAUGCAUAAACAACCAGCCUCGCAUGGUCACGUGGUGUAGAGCCACGCGGGAUCCAUUGUGGGCCCUCUCUUUCAUCCAAGUCCGAUAUGGUGUAGUGGCUAACAUCGUCGUCUCUCACACGACAGCCGGGGGUUCGAUUCCCCCUAUCGGAGUAAUUUUUGCCUUCUUGUUGAUCAGAUCAAGGAGUUUUAUCUUUUUGUUGAGCUGGCGUGUAGACAAGUAUGAAAUACAUUGGCUGAGGAACCUUGGAAGGUGA